UUAAACGUCUUUCUGUGUUCUGUUUGCCUUCAGGUGAGAAAAAGUGUGAAAUAUGUAGUUUGUGUCCCUGACUGCUGCGGGAUGAGGAGUGCAGGAGGCAUCUGAUCUCUCCCUCCUGUGGGUGGGCGCAUUUCCCCCUCUCUCAGCCUCUCUGCGCGCUCACACAGAUCUGGACUCAGACUGAAUAACGAUGCAGUCCUCCUUCUAACAACUUAAACUGCAGACAAAGUGCAAGAUGCUGCUGCUGGUUCUGCUGCUCGGCUUCAGCCAGAGCCUCCAGGGACAACCCCAGCUGCAGGAGGAUCUGGAUGCAGAUUUGGCAGAGUUUGAUUUAGACAUUGCGCCGCGCAGGGUUCCUCGGCAGGUGAAGACCAUUCUUCUGAAGGAGAACAAACCUCACAUCCAGGAACUGUCCAUCAAGACCACCAUCAUCUCCCGCUACGCCUUCACGGCGGUCUACUGCUCCAUGCUGAACCGACACGUCGCCGCUGCUGAAGGCAUCUUCCAGUUUCAGGUCCCUGCUGGAGCCUACAUCUCUAACUUCACCAUGAUCAUCGGAGGGCGUGUCUACCAGAGUGAAGUCACGCCGAAGGAGAGGAGGGUCAAACACGGGAAGGGCAGACCCAAGAGUGGAGAGUCAAGUAACACGAGCUCAGAGCCGGAGGUGGAGAUGUUCAGGACGGCAGCUAGCAUACCGGGCCGGAACCGGGCCAUCUUCCUGUUGAUGUACGAGGAGCUCCUGCAGCGGCGGCUGGGAAGCUACGAACACGUCACCAGCCUGAGACCUCUGCAGCUGGUCAGCCGCCUCAGCCUGGAGGUCACCAUCAUCGACCACGCGCCCAUCGUGGACCUGGAGGUUCUGCCGCUCCGUAACGGAAGGAGUGCAGCCAAGUCCGAGGCUCCCAUCACGACUGCGAUCAAAAACGAAAAGAACGUCUGGAAGAUCACCUUCAGCCCCAGCAUCAUCCAACAGGCCAAGAUCUCCACAACCGGACUCCUGGGAGACUUUGUGAUCCGCUACGACGUCCAACGAGAGACGGGGAUCGGAGACAUCCAGGUUUUAAAUGGACAUUUCGUCCACUACUUUGCCCCCAAAGACCUUCCGGUUGUGCCUAAGAACGUGGUGUUUGUGAUCGAUACCAGCGCCUCCAUGAUGGGCAAGAAGAUGAGACAGACAAAAGACGCUCUGCUGACCAUCCUGAGGGACCUGAGACCUGCUGAUCAUUUUAACUUCAUCAGCUUCUCCAACAAGAUCAAGGUGUGGCAGCCCAACCGUCUCGUGCCGGUGACGCCCCUGAAUGUCAGAGAUGCCAAGAAGUUCAUUUACACCCUGCUACCCAACGGGGGCACAAACAUUGACGGAGCAAUCCAGACCGGGUCCUCUCUGCUCCGGGAUUACCUCUCAGACCCGGACGCCAGCCUAAACGGCGUCUCCCUCAUCAUCUUCCUGACGGACGGACGGCCAACAAUCGGGGAGACUCAGUCCACCUCCAUCUUGGGGAACACUCGCUCCGCCGUGCAGGAAAAGUUCUGCAUCUUCACGAUCGGGAUUGGAAACGACGUGGAUUACCGGCUGCUGGAGCGCAUGGCUCUGGAAAACUGUGGGAUGAUGAGACGCAUCAGAGAAGAAGCUGACGCCAGCGCUAUGCUCAGAGGGUUCUACAACGAGAUCGGCACACCUCUUCUCUCCGACAUCAGGAUCAACUACACGGAGAACUCGGUGCGUUACGUCACCCAGAACCUUUUCACCAACUACUUCAACGGCUCCGAGAUCGUCGUCGCUGGGAAGCUCACAAACCGAAGCGCAGAGUCGCUCCACGUUCAGGUCACCGCCAGCAACAACGACCGGCUCAUCACCCUGGAGACAGACGUGCCGCUGCGGCGGCUGCAGACGGAGACGGAGCGACACGUGAAGGCAGCUAGCGCCGCGGUGGCAGCUGGAGCCAAGGUCCUGGGGUCAGGGGUCACGCAGGGACUGGGGGGGCCUCUGGGCUCAGUCGCUGAGGACUUUGUGGAGCGAGUUUGGGGCUUCCUUAGCGUUAAGGACGGACUCCGGUCACGUCUGCGCAGCCAGACCAGCAAGGAGAGGGAGGAGCACAUCCAGCAGGCCACCAACCUGUCUCUGGCCUUCCACUUCCUCACGCCGCUCACCAACAUGGUGGUGGAGAAGCCCGAGGUUCUGGCUGAUGGCAGCAUGGCGGCGGCGGCACCCACCAUCAGACCAGCAGCUGAUGAGGCAUCUUCACCGGCCAAUGAGCUGCCGGCUGACACCGACGAUGACCAGCCGCUGAAGCUGGACGGGAAGCCGAGAGGCCAGAUUUCACCUCUGAGCAACAAAAUAGGAAAAGGUGAAAGGAGACCAGACAAGAAAUCCAUCACCAUCUCCAAGACGUCAGCCGACGGUGACCCUCACUUUGUGGUGGAGUUUCCUCUCAGCAAGCUAACCGUGUGCUUUAACAUCAACGGCGAGCCGGGACACGUCCUCCGUCUGGUUUCUGACCACAGAUACUCUGGCGUGACCGUUAACGGGAAGCUCAUUGGCGCCCCGGCUCCACCGGGCAGCCACAAGCAGCAGCGGACGUACUUCAGCACCAUCACCAUCGUGGCGGAUCGUCCGCGACGCGCCUACAUCGAAGUGACGCCGAAGAAAGUGAUCGUUGACGGACGGGACCGGUUGGUGCUGCCCUGUCACUCCACGGUGGCCGUGGACAGCGAGGUGCUGUCCGUGGCCGUGUCGGCCGGGUCCAACGUGACGGUGACGGUCGGAGGGAACAUCAGCUUCGUCAUCCUGCUGCAUCAGUACAGGAACCCCGCCCCCUACCAGAGAGACCACCUGGGCUUCUACAUCAGCAACAGCGCCGGGCUUUCUCACCGCAGCCACGGGCUGCUCGGUCAGUUCCUGCACCAGGAAGUUGGAGUGGCGCCGCUUCCUGCGCAGGGCGACGCCAACCCCUCCGCCUUCCUGAAGGUCAAGGACCGAUCGGUGCCGGUGGUCCGGAAGAGCCGGAGGAUCUACAGCGGGAAGCAGAACGUGGACUGCUGGUUCGCCCGGAACAACGCGGAGAAGCUGAUAGACGGGCGAUACGAGGACUACGUGGCGUCGCACAUGUUCGACACCGGAGAGCGGCAUCAUGGGACAAACCGGGCCUGAGGACAGCCUCAGUGGUUAUUACUGGGUUUAACGCCAAACAUAACUAAAUGGCUGCAAGAUCCUUUUACCUGCAGGUCAUUUCGAGUAUUUUUUUAAAUAUUUCUAAUAAAGUUUAAAGAGUUUUAUGAUGUGAUGUUUAAUAUUGUACAUGUUAAGGUAAAUAAACCUUCAAACUCCCCGUU